AUGCCGUCCACCAAGAAGACCCUGCAUUUUAUGUCGUGUGCGCUGGCCACAGCCGUGUCUGUGGGCAUCCUGGGCUUCGGUAUGUCCACCAGCUGGGCCGAGACCAGCAUGCUCUGUGAGACCAACGGGACGGCCCACAUCAGGCUGGAGCUUUUCAAUGGAUUUCUGACCAGGAUCUCCUGCCCCUUGUUUGGAGGUGUAGAUAAUUUCGAAGUGACUUCGACGUUGUCAGUGACAGGAAACGCUCCUCUGAUCCUGCACAUCUUGGUGGUGUUCUUCCUGGCCCUGUGCAUGGUGUGUUCGGCCGGCAGCAUCCUCAUCGCCCUGUACAACAGCGUCAGUAACCCCUAUGAGACGUACAUGGGCCCCAUCGGCAUCUACGUCUGCAGCUCCAUCAGCGCUUGUUUGUCCGUCCUCGUCCUCAUCUUAUUCCCCAUCAACGUCAGCGUGACCAGCAUGGCCGAGGACCUGGUGGCCACUAUGGUGUCUGCAAAGCCUGGUGAGGUGGACCUGAGGGAAAAAUCGUCAGAGAUGAUGAUGGGAUAUUUCCUGGUCAUCCCCUACACGGUUCUCAGCCUGGUCGCCAUCGCCCUGAUCUACGCGUACGACCACGCCGCCUACACCCAGAGGAAGGAGCAGCAGAGGCCGACGGAGGACGCACCCAAAGAGAUAAUGAUGUAUUAGUGCAGACGGAAGGAGAUUUCACUGAUAAUGAUAAGAUACUCACCAAAACUCUGUGGACUAUCAUUGAAGAAGUCAGAGGUAUGG